AAUAUUGUGAACGUCUGUAACCAUAGACCAUGCACGCCUCACCUGCACCAGACUCGCCUCGCUCCUCUCACUCGCCCCCGCCCUCGGGCGCACAAGGCGAUAUCGAGUUAGAGCUGCUCGCCCUCGCAAACUCACUUUACAACAUGGGCACCACCGUCAUCAACGAUUCUACCAAGGAAAAGGACAAGCCAGGUAGUGGCAAACAGGUUGCGUUACGCGCAAACGAAGUUGUUCAUCAUCUAGGUGUAGUCGACGAGAUCGCCCAGAGCACACGGACCAUGAUCCCGUUCCAGAUACUCUCAGACAUAGAUGCUGCUCGGAACCCAAUGCAUCUCACAAAGGAGCGACUGGAACGAGCAGCUACUGAGAAUCAGUUCAUGAAUGGCAAGAUCGCGGGCAUAGAGAGUUACCGACACAUCCUCCGAGAUGCGCUGGAGCAGAACUUCCCAGAACUGUCUGAGCAUCUGGAGAGCCCAAAGUAGCUGCGAUCCCUGUUCUCUGUUGGAUUGACAUCGUGCCAUCACGCUAAAUUGCUGAGCCGGAUGUUCCAUACAGUGACUGCCAAACAACAAACGCCGACGACGGACGCGAGAUCACUGUCCGCUCUUUCGACUACUGACGGCGCCCGGACAUGAGGGGUGCGGGCGCAAAGUUCACGAGCCAGGCUGGAGUUUUGGAUAGUGUGUUAUGUAGCAUACAAU